AGUAGAGGGAAAUUAACUUCCUCUCUAAUUGUCUCAGUAAAAUAUUUUGGCCUUCAAUUGGAUAAUUAGUAGCCUAGUCAUGGUAACGGGACGGUACUGUAUAACAAUGCGUUCAAGAAGUAUGUGAAAUCUGUCUCCCUGCCUUUCUGUCUGUGUUCUAUCUACACAUCUGCCUGUCUGUCCGUAUCUGCUCGUGCCAGUGAAACGGUGGCGCCUCGGGUUUAACGUGUGCGCGAGAUUGAGUUCAAUGUCACCCACCAACCCGGGACAGCAGCUCGCGCGUCCGCGGGGCAGAAGUUCACUGUGUUCCUGACGGCACCGGCUCGUCGAUCGGUCCAGACUCCAGUUAACCGCGACCAGAGAACUGGGCGAAGGGGGAGAUCGGACAGUUCGUUCGGAAAUUAAUUCUGCCUACUUUUGAACUGUUUUUUUUUUUCCAAAUGUUUUAACCCCAAGCUGUGCCCGUUGGUCCUUUGUUCACUGCCAUGGAUACGCGGGUUGAGACCACUGGACUAUGAGGCAUUUAUAACCCUGCAGGGAGUCGUGGAACCGGGCAUAAAGAGAGACGAUGUCCCGGGCGGAGCUGCUGCUGCUGUGGGUCAGCUGCUCGGUACUCACCGUCACCGUGCACACCGGAGACACCGGGAGAAGGUGGACCGCACAGCAACACCUGUCCACAGAUGGGCUGUGUCGCUACGGUAACAGCAUGGAGUGCUGUUGGGGAUGGACACAAACAGAUCAGGGGGGGUGUAAACCACAUUGCCAGCAGGAGUGUAAACACGGAGUGUGUGCUGGUCCAGACAGAUGUCAGUGUCACCCAGGGUACACUGGCAAGAAUUGUAACCAAGAUCUGAAUGAGUGUGGGUUGAGGCCCAGGCCUUGUAAGCAUCGCUGUAUGAACACAGCAGGAAGCUACAAGUGUUACUGUCUGGACGGAUACACUCUGCACCAGGACGGAGGCUGUAGAGAUACCAGAAACUGUUUCUACGCCAACUGCCAGUAUGGAUGUGAGGUGGUGAAGGGAAACGUCAGAUGCACAUGUCCAGCACUAGGGUUACGCCUCGGACCAGACAGACGCACCUGUGUUGAUAUAGACGAGUGUGUCCAGAGGAGAGAGGUGUGUCCCCGGGACAGGAAGUGUGUCAACACGUUUGGCAGCUUCCUGUGUAACUGUCCCUACGGCCUCAGGCUAGUGUACAUCAAAGGACGCUACACCUGUAUAGAUAAGGACACUCGCCCCUUCUGCGCCCUGAAUCCAUUCUCUCCUAAGUGCCGGUGUAGAGGCCGCCACUGUAGAGAAGUGCCCAUGGUUACCCUGCUACCUCCCACACCGAGGACUACAAAACCAGCCCCUCCGAAAACUACAACCCCCACGACCGCACCCCCCACCAGGAAGAGCACUGUGAGCAGAACUACCCUAAUGAUGACUACUACCAGUACUACUACUAGUACUGCUAGGACUCUGGUUCAGCCAAACACCACCCCGACAGCCACAGUCUCCGUGGCAACUACCAUGGCUACAACUACCCCGACAACGGCUGUCACUAUCAGCCCAAACGCUGUAACUACGACUACACCACAGAUAUUUACUACUAGUGCUUCUGAAAGUACCACAGUACCGGACCUUGUUAGUACUGUCACUACUGCUGCUAUUACAACUACACACACUUUUAUCACAGCGAAUACACCUUCCAUACCUACGAUUAUUACUACUAGUACCACAACUCAGACACCAAGUACUACUACAGCUUGGGGUCCAACACCUAGUACUACUAUUAGUACUACAACAACCCCUCCUCCCACCACUAGUACUAUUUAUACUACGACUAGUACUCCAAGACCAAGUACUACCACUACUACCAUCAGUACAACUACCACCAUUGCAAGUACCACUAGCACCACAUCACCGUCAACAACUACAAAAGAAAGAAUACCACCCACCACCAUCGCCACGGCAACCGGCUUCUCCAUACCAACCACCACCUCAAGCGGUGCCAUGACGACCACACUGGACAACCGCAUCAACAAGGACCUGACCCAACGACCAAGAGGAGACGUGCACAUUCCUCGUCAGAAUACCCAGGUGUGGGAGUUUGAUUUUGACAUUGAGCUUGGAAACACAGCAGAGAUGAGAGACGACCCAGCGUCUGGAGUGCUCCACUGCUCCAUGGACAGGGGAGUGUGUGAUUGGCUGUCAGACAGAGAGGGUGACCUGGACUGGAACCCUGUACAAAGCUCAUCAGGGGGAUGGUACCUGUCUGUCGCCGAGCUGAAGGCGGGGCAGAGGAGUGUACGAGGUGCUCGAUUGGCCGUCAUGUUAGCCCCGCCCGGGAACCAGGAAGAUAUGUGUUUCUCCUUCUCUCAUUGGCUGACGGGACAUCAUGUGGGAGGACUACAACUCUUUAUCAGGAAGACAGGAAGCAGGUAUAGCCCCGCCCUCUGGAGCAGGACAGAAGGCCAAGGUUGGAAAACCACACUGGUCAAGCUGGAGAGAGACACAGAGAGAGUGUUAUUAAGGGCUGAGAGGAGGAGGGGUCAGAAAGGUCAGAUCGCUGUUGAUGACAUCACACUGAAGAGUGGACCCUGUCGAUGACAUCACUCAAGUGGGUGGAGUUUGAUGUCAACUUCAAAGGACCAAUGGGCAUGGCCCUUCGCCAAAUCCGAAUCACUGGAGGCUGUUUCAUCGCUCACUGUCAUGCAUUAAUUUAUACAUUGUUUUCAAAUGGGUUUGUUAUUGUUUAUAAUAUGGCUUCGUUGUUGAUUGGCUGUUGAUUGUCUGUUGGAGCAGAGGUCUGUUGUGUUUUUUACCAGACGACUCCAGUUCAUCUGUUCAGCUGCAAACAAAGAAAACUAUUCCACAGUUGACCCUCUCAUAAAGUGAUACAGUAUAAUAUUAUAUUAAUAAUAUAGCAUCCUAUUAUGUUCAUGAUCCAUCGACAAUAGGCUGGUGGUGUUUAUACUGAGCUCUGUGUAACAUAAUACUGUACUGCAACGAUAGGCUGCAUCAGCCUGGAGGUCACUAAAUAAAGACGAUUUAAAC